GAAGAAAAUCGAAAAGGUCGUCAUCUCUCUCUCUCUCUCUCUCCUCUCUCUCUCUCUCUCUGAACAGUCUUCCCCCAUUUCGAAAAUCCAACAAUGAUCACACUUUAAUUAAAAAACCCUAAUUAGGGGGGGCUUGAUUGUUUCUUUAUUGUAAGUCCCAAAAGGCAAUACAUUUAUGACUGUGUCAGUGGCCGGCAUUGAAUACCCGUAGAAGUAGCUUUUGAGAAUUUUGGGGUUUUGACGUAGUAAUAUGAGAAGAAGAUUCUCGUUGUUUUUGGUGGUGGCGUUGUGGGAGAGAAUACUGCAGCGGCGAUGGGGGUGGCCAACGCCUGGAGGUUUAGCGUUGAAGGAGUAUUGAGUAAAUUGGCUUCGGUUCAUCAAAAUACACAGCAGCAGCAGCAGCAGCAGCAUUUCUUGGGGAGAUUGUCUUGGUCGGUGGUGUGUGGAUUGAUGCUCUUCGCUCUGGGUUUGAUUUCUCUCUUUACUGGCCACGUGGCUUCUGAUCUCGACUGGUACUCUCAGAGGCUCGUCAAGCCCACCUCCUUCUACUAUAAACGAGAAGGGAGCAGUCGUGCGCCAAUUGAUAUUUGGAAAUCCAAGUUUUCAGAAUUUUACUACCAAUGCAGUGAAAGAGGACCUCGUUUUACUUCUGCGGUAAGUGAGCAGUUUUCAAAUGGCUACUUGCUCAUUGCAACAAGUGGGGGGCUGAACCAACAAAGAACAGGAAUUACUGAUGCUGUAGUUGUAGCUCGGAUACUCAAUGCUACUUUAGUUGUACCUGAGUUGGAUCAUCAUUCAUUCUGGAAGGAUGACAGUGACUUUCCCAACAUUUUCGAUGUUAAUUGGUUCAUCUCGACCCUUUCAAAGGAUGUAACCAUUGUCAAAAGGAUCCCAGAUAAAGUUAUGAGAUCCAUGGAAAAGCCACCGUAUACUAUGCGUGUCCCAAGGAAAUCAGAACCUGAGUAUUAUCUUGAGCAAGUCCUGCCAAUACUCCUCAGGAGACGUGUUGUCCAGUUGACUAAAUUCGAUUAUAGACUUUCUAAUGACCUGGAUGAAGAGCUGCAAAAGUUGCGUUGCCGGGUCAACUAUCAUGCCUUAAGAUUUACAAAACCUAUUCGGGAACUUGGUCAGAAGCUGGUGUCAAGAAUGCGCAAGAUGACAAAUCAUUUCAUUGCAGUUCACUUGAGGUUCGAACCUGAUAUGCUAGCAUUCUCUGGAUGUUACUAUGGCGGUGGUGAUAAGGAGAGAUAUGAACUUGGUGAAAUAAGGAAACGAUGGGCAACAUUACCUGAUUUAAGCCCUGAGGGAGAGCGACAGCGCGGUAAAUGUCCACUUACUCCUCACGAAGUGGGUCUGAUGCUCCGGGCACUUGGUUUCUCAAAUGAUACACACCUUUAUGUUGCUUCUGGUGAAAUAUAUGGUGGAGAAGAGACUCUGCAGCCUUUAAGAGAUCUUUUUCCAAACUUCUACACGAAGGAGAUGCUUGCCAGUGAAGAGCUACAGCCUUUUCUUUCUUUUUCUUCUCGUCUAGCUGCCAUUGACUAUAUUGUGUGUGACGAGAGUGAUGUAUUUGUCACUAAUAACAACGGGAACAUGGCCAAGAUUCUUGCAGGACGGAGGAGGUACAUGGGUCAUAAGAGGACCAUCCGACCAAAUGCGAAAAAGCUCAGCUCCUUGUUCAUGGCACGAGGCCGAAUGGAUGCAGCUACAUUUGCUAGAAAGGUUAAGUCAUGCCAGAGAGGGUUCAUGGGAGACCCGGAGGAAAUGAGACCUGGACGAGUGGAGUUUAACGAAUUCCCCUCCUCUUGCAUUUGCCAGAAACCAUUCACAUAUUCCAAUGGCUACAAUGAAAAUGACCGGGACCAGACCCCAAAACAAGGGCCAAUUUUUACGGAAAUUUUUUUGCACAAAGAUACAAUGGGAAUAGCCAAGUGGUGAAUAGCUUGCAGAGACUGAACAUUCCAAAUGCUAGAGAAGGACCGGUAUCUUUGGCAGGAGACACUGACAACAAAGAUUUUCCACAAGGCUAGGCAUAAAGCGACAAAGGUGUAUGAUUGAAUUUUCUGCUAUGCACAGCUAACGUUUUGCUUGGUGUUAGAUGGUGCCAGUUUUUCCCAACAGGGUGCCAAGCCACACCUCAGGUUGCAUCUGGUUUGUGUCUCGAACCUAAAUUUGGACGGCAGAAUGACUUUGUAUAGGAGUAUAUGACUUUUGAUGAGCUACAAGUGCUCAUAUGUACUUUUGUAAGGUAUAUAGCAGGUAGGUAUGCCAAGUAUAUUGCCACAGUUUCUUAAUUUAUAUUAUUCGGUUGAA